GAUGCAUGAGAUCAGCAGCAUCGAGGACGAGGGGUGGGACUCUCCACCGACCCCCAGUUUGGCCAGGAACAUCGACGAAGAGGAAAGAAGAGGACAGCUGGCCCCAGAUUGGUUCUCCUCGGUCCAUCUGGGAGAGGGGAGAGCAACAAAGAAGAUCGGGGACGUCGUCCGGUGUGUGGAGUAUGCCAGCGAGGUGGAGGAGAGGUUCCCCGAACUCCUGGUGGGCCUGGUCAACAAGAUCCUCACCGGCCUGCAGAACACCACCGAGGGAGUCGGGAACCGAGACAGCCAAGACCUGCCUCCUCAGGAGACUGCGCAGAUUGUCCGGACCCUGCUGGAGAGGGUGGCACAGGUGACCCCAGAGAAGACCUGCUGGGAAUCCCUGUGCUCUCCGCAGAGCUGCCUCCAGGGUGUGGCCCUCUUGGUGAGGGCUCUCCUCCAGACACGGUCCUCCACAGUGGCCAGGCUGAAGGCAUACCUGGCUUCCCUCUUCAGCCUGGACAAAGAUCCAGAAGAGCAUUCCCUCGCAGAGGUGGCCUUCUUUGUGGAGCUGCUCCUGAAAGACCAAGACUUUGCUGCCUUAGAGAAGACCUGGACGCUCCUGGUAGCGUGGCUAGUCCACCCCAGCCAGAACAUCUGCUACCUGAGCGAAAGGGGACUUCUCCAAAUUUAUGGCACCCUGAAGGCGGCCAAGAAAGCCCAGGAUUUUAGUGCCGGGAUCCUGGGAGGGCUCAGGACCUCCAGUCUGGAAGCCACUUUGGGGGUCCUGGCCUUCAUGGAGCGGCUGAGGCACUGUCCAUCAGAACACCAGGCCACGGUGAAUGCUGUCCUGGCUGCCCUGUGCCGCCCUCUCUUCCACCACGAGGAGGCUAAGAUCCGAAGGGCAGCCAUGAGGACCCACCUGGAUCUCCUGCAGCACCGCCACCACCACCACAAGGGUAGAGAGGAGAACAUCACGACCCUCAUCGCGGUGCUGAUGCAUGUGGAGGAUGAAGACCUGGAGGUAGCACAGGCUGCGAAGGACAAUCUGAGCCUCCUGGCGGAAGCCCUCCUAUGGCACCUGGAGGGCAGGCUGCUGGCGCGGGACUCUUACAGCCUGCAGGAGCUGCUCCACAAGAUCGCCAAGCGUCUGAUUCGGCAGCUCGGCACAGAGGACGCCGUGGAGAUGGAGGCCACCAAGAUCCUGGGCUUCUUCCGCAGCGAGCAGCCUUCAGUGAGGAGAACGGCUGCCCUGCUGAUCGGUCACCUGGUCCACAAAAAGGGCAGCAUCCUCACUGAAGGGAACAUAGAGACCUUCCAUGCUGCGCUGGAGAGCUUGCUUGGCGACCAUGACCCCGAGGUCGGGAGAGUUGCCUGCAAGACAGAGAAGAUUGUGAAGAAGGCCUUUUCCCUCCACUCCCGGCACGGGCUGCGGGCUGCCGUUCGGCGCUUGUGGGCGGGCUGUAAGAAGAAGAGACACCCGCCAGAGUACGGUGAUCUCUCCACCUGACCGACUGGAACAACAGCCCCGUGCUCUCCCCUUGAAGAUCAGCAGCUGAAGGGAGGUUCAGGAAAGACCGUGCAGCGCAGGGGCCUCCCAGAAGACCUCCUCCAACCGCGUGGACACAAGAUCUGUCCACAAGAAGACAUCCAGCAGGGAAGUGCAGUUCUGUCUGAGGAGUGAGGGGGAAGCAGGCUCCACUCCCCUGGCCCAAGGAAGCCCCGCCUCUGGGGUGCAGAAGCCCCUCCCCUAGCUUCUGCUGGCAGGCAGUGGGAGGAGGCUACAGCACCACCCUGCCCCCAAGUGGCCCUUUGGAACCAUUCUUGGGCUUCCCUUGGGUCCGGGGAGGCUGUGUGGCCCCAGCAGGAGGGCAAGGUCACCGCCUCCCUCCAUUCCCACCAGCUGGCCAGGGAGCGCUCCCUCCUCCUUCCGCUUUUCUCCCCUUCCCCAGCGGCCUGGCUUCCCCUGGCAGGGGAAGCACCAUCCAGGCAUCCGCCCCCUCCCCUGCCGAGGGUGUGCUCCUCCCCCCCUCCACUCCCGCAGCCACGCCUCACUCCCCCCUCCGCUCCCUCCUCAUUCCUCCUCAAACCGGUGCAGCAGCAGAGGAGCCCGGGAGACUCUGGGGGCCCCCUGCAGCCCCAGUAGCGCCCCCUGGUGCUGCCCGGUGGCAGGCCAGAGAAUCCUCCUCUCCCUCCUGCUCCAUGCUGUGGCUGCACAGUGGGGAGCCCGAGGUCAAGCAGAAUUCUCUGGCUUGCCCCCCCCUCAACCCCCAGCCCCCUGCCCAAUCCCCACUUGCUGGGCUGCCGGAGUGGAAAGGGAGGAGGAGCAGGGCAACCCCACUGAUGCUGCUUUGUGCUUCUUGCAGGCUUGUGCUGCUGCUGGGCGGCUGGAGGAGUCGAUCCGCCCCAGAAGAGGAGACCAAGUGAACGUGCCUGCAAGGAGCGGGGGUGGGGUGGGGUUGGGGGCUGGCUGGGACUCCCCCCAAUUUUGUUUGCCCUGCCAUUCCCUUCUUCUGUGUGACCCUGGGCUUCCUCCCUCCCCUCCUUCCCUUCCUCCCUCCCCCUCCCUCCCAGGGACAGAAUGGGCUUUGCUGGUCGUCCCAUUGGGGGCCGAGUAGGAAUUUUUGGCUUUCCAACAGAUUGGCCGAGAUGGAAAGUUUUUUUGCCUACUCCAUUCUGUCCUGUUUUGUUUCCUUUAGUUAGAAAGUUAAGUGAUGACUUGUAUCCUAAUUAAGUAUAUGAAUAAAGUUGCCCCUUUUGUUAAAAAC